UAAUUUUUUCAAAUAAAUUGAUUUUUUUCCCAAAUAAAUUGUAUCCAACUAUUGAAUGUAAACGAUGUGAUGUAACAAUUUGAGCAAAUAAACAACAAUAAAAAUAAUAAUAUCGUUUGAAAUUUUAAGUUUCAAACAGACGGACUUAUAUCAUCAAGUGCUGCGGAAAAUCAUCAUGCAUAAAUCAUCUAUUUAAUAGCUCAAAAAGUAAAUCAACAACGUCUAGAAAUAUACCUCAAAGCAUGGUGCCAACAAAAGUACAGUCAACUCCCGAAACUGAUGGAUAUGAACUGACUACCAUUGCUUUAGAGAAUAACUUUGAAACAGAGAUGGCAUCAGAAAAAUCCGAAGAAAUUUCAACAAUGAAUUUAUAUCAAUCAACAACUGAGUUUGAAAUAUCGUCAAUUCCAAAAUCCAUUUUGUCAUCUAUUUCAAGCGAUGUUUUGAAUUCCCCAAGCAGUGAAAGCGGUUUUUCUCUUAUCACAACAGCGUCCAAAAGUGCAUCUUCAGACUCAACUUUAGUCCCAAAUAUAGCUGCUGACAGCACAACUGGCAUUCUAGACGUUUCCCUAUAUUCUGGUGUCCUGACAUCAAACAAUUCACCAAUAUUUUCCCCAAACACUUCAAAUCCAUUAAUAUCGGAAAAGGCUACCUCGAUGGAAACUUUGGCAAUUUCAUCGACCAAAACCUCUACUGAUGUACAGACUACAACAACCACACAAACAUUGACUACAACAACUAUCACGACUACAAGUACAACCACUACCACGACCAAAGCCCCACUUUUUUGUGCAAAAGAUGCGAAGAUGUUUUCUAACCAACACUUAGUGGACGCCGAUUCAUAUGGACAAUGGAAGGAAGCUUGCGGACAUUUGUUUUUGUGGGGAACUAAAGCUGUUACGUGGCAAGAAAAUCACGACCUUUGCUGUAGUUUUGGAAUGAUGCCAAUCAUGAUCGAGAAUGAUACAAAACGCGAAUGUCUAACAACUCUUGCUAAUUCAUCCGAGUGGAGAUUCAGUUUCAACUACUGGACGUAUGGGCGCAAAUUCCGCGAGAGCACAUCAUAUUGGUGGUGUCAAAAAAACACCACAAUAGAAAGCAACUCCACACUGUGGGCGCCGAAUUCUUCAAAAGAGUCUGAUGGGUGCAUCAACCUUUAUAUAAACAAAUCGGUGACGAUAUAUUCCAAGAACUGCUCCAAACUGUAUUCAUUAGGAUGCCAAGGCCAACCAACUGCAGCUCCUCCAUGCUAUAAACCUCAAUGCCCGCAGCUUAAAUGUGAAAAAAAUCAAACAUUAUUCACAGCGGUGAAUCAGGAUGGCAUUUAUCAGAUUCUAUUAGCUCCAUUUACACAUGGUUUUUGGUAUACAAUUAACACAAGAACCUACUUAUUCAGCACUAUUGAAGUGACAUGGCUUGAUGCGAUGAUAGCCUGUUGCUCAAUCGGAAUGAAACUGCUCAGCAUUGAGUAUGACUAUGAAUAUGGGAAUUUACUCGAGGCAGCGAUAAAUUCCACCAACGCAACUGGAAAUUUUUGGACAUCAGGAAGUGAUUCGGGGUGUGAUGGAAAUUUUGCUUGGUGCUCCGCCAACGUUUUAUUCCGUGGUAGACAGACUAGUUGGGGUCCUGGGGAACCAAACAAUCUCGAUGGAAAAGAGCAUUGCGUUGUUGUCCAGUUGAAUAAAACUUCAGGGAUUUUAUUCGACCGUGAUUGCUCUAGCAAAUUAAAAUAUAUUUGUGAGGCCAGGGACACAAGGAAUGCCAAAAUUAAUGGAGAAGCAAUGCUUGACGAGUGUGGGAUGAUUUACAAUAUUUCCAAAGAUGAAGCUGAUUUAAUUUUCAACUUCAGGACUACCAAACUUUCUACCAAACUAAAAUGCUUUUUGAAAUGCAUGGGUGAAAAUGGAGGAUUUAUGUGGAAUGGAAAACUUGUUGAUGAGAAAGUUAUAGCUUUGAUUGAGAAAUUUUCAAGCAGUGAAACAGAGCUGCAGGAGAACAUGGCUGCACAUCAAGCGUGUAGCUCGAAACGUGGCAUGGAUGAUUGUGAUACUGCAUCCUUGAUUUUUCAGUGCACUCAAGAAAAAGCUCCAAAGCUCUUUGAUAAUAUUCUUACCGCUGCCAAAAAUGAUCCGUUGGUGGAGUUUGCCCCUCUUCAGUCUAUAACGCACAAAUGCGUGACUAAAUAUGAUUGUAUUGUUGACCCUAACCUCAGGGAUGAUUAUUUACUUGAACGACCUGUUGCGGGCCGUCAAUAUUUCACAGCUUGUGGCACCAAGUACUUGCACACUGUAGUUGGGGGUGGCUAUCUAUUUUCGCAAUCCUUGUGCUGUAAAUUCGGCCUCAAGUUAGUUUCAUUUGAAAGCGUCGCCGAGGUAGAAUGUAUUGUUAACUCAUCAUUGAAUGCGGGCGCUCGGAACUGGCACACAUGGAUGGCGGCGAGUCGCCUUGCUUCCGGCAAAUUUGGAUGGUGCACGUCAAAUUCACCUUUUAAUUUGACUCCAACCAUCAUCGACAAGUAUCCGGAACGAAGCGGAUCGAGCACUAUUUUUCUUCUGUCGAUUAAGUUAGGGGUCGAUAUGCAUCCGAAUAAUACUUACUUUGCUCAGGAGGAGCUUGGAAGCGGUCUUUAUUUGAUGUGCAAACCGUAA